GAGAAAACAAGAUACGUAAACAAGUCCCCGGCUGCCGAGCGUGUUUGCAAGCAUUGCAACGAAUCGUCAUAUAAAAGUAAGGUAACUAGGAGCAAGAGCACUGUCAACAUGACCGAUGUGAUGAGCGUACCAACGCCAGUUAUUCCUAACGCCUCUAGUGAGUCAAGCUGUAAUGCGAUUGCUGCCACGGACUGCGGCGGUCGCCUCGUGUUCUCCGAUCUUACUGCCGGGACGCCCGCCAUUGCAAUGCUUCUCCGGAGCAAAUGUUUUCUCGUAAGAGGUCCACUUCACCGCAGAAACGGCACUGAACGGACUGAGGACGAAGCCAGUAAAAAGGAUAUCGACUGUGUCAGUGAGUUGCGUUUGCAACUGAACGGGCUCUCCAUAUCUGGCGACGUUUUUAGUCUCCUGGAAGUCCACGAGGCGCGUGGCUCUUUGGAUGCAGAAAAAAGGUUCCCGUGUGCUAACUCGCUCACGGGCGUGUAUUCCAUUUACCGCGGCGCUUCCUUCGUUUAUGACCGUAGGUACCGUUCUUCUCUAUGCACAAUUCCUGUGGAACGCACACCGAACCUCGGCCGCCUCGAAGGGUGGGUUGUCGUCACGCUUCCCCGGCUUUACGCAAAUUUAUCAUUCGGGGCUGCCAUGGAGCAUUGGUGCGGUGAGCCUAAGCUCUUGCAAGCAUCGCGGCUUUGCAUUAAACCAGCGCACCGCCACGACUGCGCCGUCAAGAAAGGAGCGGCUACCCCGAGCGCUCUGCCUCGGUUCCUUGUGCGGCAGUCGGACGGCAUGCUCAUGCUCGUGUUCCACACCGUGGCCACUAAUCCCUCUACUGUGUCCGGCUCGUUUUGCGCUUGUAAAUCGGCUUUUCAAAUUGCAUUCUCCAACUACCACUCGCCCGAAGAAGUGCACAGCGUGGCCAUGGCAACUCCUUUUGCAAACGAUUCCCUGGAUGACGCAUACAAAGUGGUCAACCUCCAGAAGACGUUAUUCCUCUUCCUCUACAAAGCCAAGUCCGCAUUUGGUACCUGGAAGACGUUUUAUGUUGGCACAGACUUCGAUCAUCUUCAAGCAUUGGAACUGGAAUCUCCGGAGGCCGUGCGAACCUCUUUGACGAAAAGGCUGUCCCGGCAGACGCAGUUCUCAAAGUCCAACUCGUGUGAAUCACCAGAGACCAACAAAGCGGAAGACAAGACCAACUUGGUGUCAAAGGCACCGCCUGUCUGCCGCCAGCAACGAUCCCUCUCCGAGUCUUCUGCAUACCAGAUACCCCAGGUGUCUCGACGAGGCAUUCUGAAGAAUGGCACCGACUGGAGACGUACCACCUCUGAGUCAAGUGAUGAAUUUCUGUCAUCCUUGUCCCUCGAUUCAGACACUUCACUUCCAGCCAGCUCCCUUGAAAGCGUCCAACCCAAAAAAACGGUUAGCUUCAACGACCACAUCAGCCACAUUGUAUACAGGGCCAAUUCAAGUGUUUUAGCACGUCGCCGCAGAAACCAGAAAAAGGCAGCGAACAAGAAGAAGGCUGCUGCUCGACGCGCAUUGAAUCGUUGCGAUUCAACUGACACGUCAGGUGUAAGCAGUGGCAGUGAAGCCAGCCUCGAAGAUGUCUCGCAGAGCUGCCAGUUGCACACCUCAGAGUAAACCUGAAUAUUAGGGGUUAUGACUUCCAUGGGAAGUGUCCUCACACUAAGCGUUGGCUAACCGUCAUACAACAUAGUGUUAUAUUCACUGUUGCACUGACUUUUGGUCCUUGAGCAUUAUGCCAGAGAUUUCAUGCGACACCCGAGUGUUUACAAAUCCGUGGGACUUUUGUUCAUGAAAUGCUAGGGUAGAAGGAAUGCUCCACUGUCAUUCAUGCCUGCAGUAGUGCAGCUACUGCAAUAUCCCAGUGCUUUAGUGGCCUUUUGUGUGCCCUUACUGCAUGACACAACUGUCUUGCUUGGAGGUUAAUAAAAUUUAAUUUUCUUCAUGGGUCAUGCUGUAGAGCUGCAUGUGCCUAUACAUUUACAUUAUUGCUUGGAUUGCCAGCCUAGGCACUGGUUUACAUUUGUAGAAAGUAUUCCUUUUGCGCUGCUUGCUUGAGUAUAUUUAUAUGCUGGCGUCACAGAGGCAUUUAUAUAAGGAACCAGCAGUUUCUUUAUUAUUUUCUUUUAGGGGUUUUCAAGGGGAUUCAUUAGCAAUCUAUAUCAUUUUGUAUAUAAAUCCUGCGCCUUUUGCAGGGGAGGAAGAUCCCAAAAUAUUUUUUGUAUAUGUGUAAUUUCUUUACGCACAUUGCAUUAAGAAAUGUAUUUCCCUCUGGUGCUUUAGGGCAUUUCCAUCUGUUUCUUUACGUUCUGCAGUUUAUUUGGGUGUAUUUACACAUUGCAUCUAUACAUUUGAGAAUUUUUUCAGCAUAGGCCAUCUGUGCUUGGCACGUUCUAUUGCUCAUUUUUGAGGCCAUUUUGUUUUGCUUUUGCCUGUCCCUGUGAUUUUUCUUUAGCACACACUUUUUGGUGCAUCAGUCCUGUUUUGCAAGUGGUAUUGAAUAAUUUUUUUUAGGAAGUUAAAGGCUAGCUUUUUUUUUUAACACUGUAUGGUCUUUACAUUAGCCCGAGGCACUAGGUAGGUGUUGAAUUGUUGUCCAUGUCAGUUCCCUGUGAUAUAUUAUACAUAGUACAAACGUGGUGAGCUCUUUCUGCCUGACGGUGUCUUCCCAUUCUAUUGCAGCACAAUUGAUGUUCCACUGCCCAUUUGUUACAAACAGUACACAAAGUUAGAUACAUCAGUGUCUUGCUUAUAAAGCCAGCCAUUGAGAGAAUAUUUUGUCAAAGCUGUUGCCAUGAUUGUUGAGUGUGUGCAUAGGUUUGUGUGCAUAAAACUAAACCUCUGUAUGAGUGCUUAAGCUGUGUUGAAAGGAUCGAAAAUGCUUUAUUGUGGUGCAGUUGGUGGCUUUGAGAAAUAUAUGUUUGUCUUUA